AUGACUGAACAUUGUACUAAUUUUAAUCCGAGUGUAUUUAAGCCGAAUAUAUGUCGUGAUUGUUUUCUAAAUAAAGAAUAUCAUCAAAAUAGUAUAACUAGUAUUCAAACGUCUGUUUCUCAUAAAAUAAUUGAUAACAAUGAUCAAUACAAUCAGAAUAAAAUAGAUGAAGAUUCUAAAUCAAUAUCAUUUGAAAUUAACCUUCCAUCAUGUAAAUAUGGUUUAUCAUGUGAUAGAACAAAUUCUAAUCAUUUUGAACAUUAUUCACAUCCAUCUGGUUAUAAACGACGUGAAAAAUUCUCUGAAAUUGAUGAUAUUGAUGUUCCUAUUGUUAAAAUAAAACUUGAAGAAGAAAUAGAUUAUCGUAAACAACGUGAAUUAGAACGAAAGAAAAUCUUAACUAUUCCAAGACAAACAUCAAUAUAUUGGCGUUUAAGUAUUUUUCAAGAACCUUAUCGUGAAAUUGAAUUAUCGACUCAAUCAUUUGAAUUUGAUAUUAUUAAACAAUUGAUAAAUUCAACAAUAUCACAACAUAAUAACAAAUAUGGAACAGUUAAUGGACAAAAUCCAACUGAAUUUUUAAUUAAAAAAAUAGUACGAAUACACAAUGAUGAAUUAUGGCAUCUUUAUUCUUAUAAAAAAGAUAUGAUCAUUCGUCAAAAUAAUGAUAGAUUAGCUGAUUGUGGUAGUUCGAUUUAUUUAGAAACUCAUCCAAUAUUAACACCAUUAUUAGAUGCUAGAACAAACGAAUAUUGGCUUUUUCAUGGAUGUAGUCAAAAUAAUUUAUAUCAUUUAUUACAUAGUGGUUAUGAUCCUCGUAUAUCGAAUUUGAAGGGAAAAUUUGGAGGUGGUUUCUAUUUAGCUGAAAAUUCUUCAAAAUCAAAUCGAUAUAUUCCUUGUCCUGGAGAUGUGGUCAAAAUUCAAUAG